AUGAAGCGCAGCGUCUAUUGUCGACCUGACCUAUGGCAAGAAGGGCUGCGCGAGACCGUGGAAGCCGAUUGGCCGGAAUAUAAAGAUAGCAGUUUGAUGCUGAGCCGGCCGGCGUAUCAGACCGACGCUUCGAUGAGCCCGGCCGACUGGAAAGCCCGUUUCCUGGAGGUGGUUGUAGAGGAGCUACAGCAGCGCAAGCAGCAUCACGUCCACCUGCCCGGCCCAGACGGGCAGCGACAGCCCUUGGCCCACUGCCAGGACGCCCGGGACCCGUCCAAAUGCAGCAAGCGGAGCUUGCUCGGGGUCUGCUGGGGCCCGGUCAACAAGCCGAACCUCAACGGGAACCACCCCGCGUUCCUCGCGGCGCUGAGAUGCAACGGAGACCUGCAGCUACCCUACCGUUUCCCGAUCACUACCGAGACGCACAGCGACUCGCUUUGCGAGGAGAACUGCGCGGGCAGGCAAGCCAUUCGCUUGCUGAUCAGAGAGGCGCAGCUGACGCAGGCGGCGCAAGCUGGAUAUGCCUGCGACUACAUGAACAAGCGACUGGCGAUCGCCCGGGCCGAGAUCCAAGAGUGGCAGCGGGGGCAGCGGGACUUAGCGGCGGAUCUGGAAGACAAGCCGGUCGGCUACCUCGCGGCUCGAAGCAACAAGAGGCUAAUCACGGAUAUUUACUCCAGGGGGGUCUGCCGCGGCGCCGUGGAAUGCUGCAACCUGAUCGUCAACUCUGGCAAGAACGACCCGACCUCUGCGGAAACGAUUAAGACGGCCCCCGUGACGGAUAUUUCGCUGUCGUUUGGAUUGCGGCUGAUGGAAGCCGCGGAAACCGGUGAGCCGUGGCCCGUGGAGCCGCGGCGCCAGCAGCCGGAUAAGCGCGACUUUGGGCUGCGUCAGACUGUCUCCAGGCCGGCCUUUUGGACCUUCUACGGAUCGCGCGGAAAAGAUCCUCGAGUCUUCGAAUUAUCUGCCUUCGAAUUUGCUCGCCGCUUCCAGUGCGCCGUAGCCAGACAUCCUCGCAAGGUCGCGGACUUAGGCUGCGAAGGCGAAGAGGAAGAGGAGGAGGGCGACGAGGGGCGCAAUUGCGGAGAUCUCGGCGGCGAAGACUGGGUCGCGCUGAGCGACGGCGCUCUGGGGCAAACCUUCAGGCACGAUUGGGUAGCAGUCCUACGGCGCCGGCCCAACGUCCCUGUGGUUCAAGGCGCCUUAGGCAGCCGCUGCGACGAGGAUACUGCCAAGAAGGUGCUCCUGCUGUUCUUUCCAUGGACAAACGAUCCUUCAGAAGCUACCUCUCGCGUGCCCUAUUUGAGCAGCUUCAAGGCCCCGGGCGUCAAGACCUGGAGACACGCGCUGCGAUUCCGCCUGCUGCGAGACGGGUUCCCGACCGAGGAGGUCAAGCAGUUUGCUCAAAACUUCUGCUUCGUCUACGGCCUGCCGCGAGAACUUCAGCCGAGCGACAAGCUGGAGGAAAACAGCGACAACGAGUUCGAAGACGAGCCGAUGGAGCUGGAGGAGGAAGACCUCCUGGCGGCGCAGGCCACGCGCAUCAAAGGCGCCGCGCAGCCGGGCGAAGCUGGGGGAGAAGAGGAAGAAGACGCCGAGGCAGAGACGCCAGAAGACGCGACCGCCAAGGCGCAGAAGUCUGGCGGGGCGGCCGCGUCCGGCGAGGGCGACCCAAGCUUCGCCCAACACUAUGCCGAUAUGGCGGCCAAGCAGGCCGUGGAAGACCACGACGAGCUCGAGGAAGCGGCCAAGGCCGGCCUGCUCGGGUGGCUGGAAGCCAAGCGGCCCAACCUAAACGCCAAGCAGCAAGAAAUCUUGGCGCUAGUCGUGGAGCGGGUUCUGAUCGAGUGUGGCCUGCUCGCGCCGGAAGAGUCGAGCAUCGACUACGAGGUCGCCGCCUUCCAGGCUGUGAACGCCGCGGACAUCAAGGGCAAGACGAUCCACAACGUCUGUGGUUUGAGCGCCGACUGGAAGGCCGUCGACCGCGCCGUCAGCAAGGAGGUGGCCAAGCGGAUGGGGCUCUGGCGCUGGCUCAUCAUCGACGAAGUCAGCAUGGUGAACGCCCGGCUCCUGGCGCAAGUGGAUCAGCGCCUGCGCAGCGCGGUGCCAGACGCGGCGGCUUGGAAGCUCGACCCCGUGAUUAACUCCUCCCGACCCUUCGCGGGCAUCAACGUGCUCUUCACCGGGGAUUUCUAUCAACUGCCUCCGCCUAGCGGGGCGUACUUGGGCGACGUCCCCUACAAUCGGCGCCCGCGAGCGCCCGACGACUUGACGGCCCCGGACCCCUUGGCGGACUAUGGCAGGGAGCUGUUCUGGGGCGGCGCCGUCCAAGGCGUCACCGAGUUGGAGGAGCGGGAGAGAUGCAAGGACGGCUGGUGGAAUGCAGUUGUGGACGAGCUACGAGCCGGGCACCUCUCGGAGCGCAACUGGAAAUAUCUCCAUGGGCUCCCGGUGGAAGGCUGCGCCCUGUCCGACGAAGAACGGGCGUCUCGACGACGAGUCGUCGCGGGCCACAGCGACCCGCGGCUCCAGGAAGCCAAGUUCAAGCAGGCGCCAGUCAUCGUCGCGAACAACGACGCCAAGUUUCA